CAGGCGCGUUUAAAGCUUAUUUAAGGGGAGAUUACAAUUUGACAGCACUAGUUCGGUGAUCUCUCCUACUACAAUACAAUGAAAGUGAUAGCAUUAGUUGCAGUGCUUCUGGCAAGUUGCCUGGCCUACGACUGUCCCGGGGAUGGCAUGCACAGGGACCCCAAGAGUUGUGAGAAAUAUUACCACUGUGCCGGUGGACGAUCCUGGCACAAGAGUUGUCCCCCAGGACUCCAUUUCAAUGCUAAGAGCUCUAACUGCGACUGGCCCGCUAAUGCUGACUGUAAAGUUGGACCUACUGAUCCCCCUCCUCCAACUACAGCUCCUCCUCCAACUGAGGAACCAGAACCUACCACUGAACCCAAACCUACUGAGCCUAUCCCAGAGGGAGGUAAGGAUGUUGUCUGCUACUUCAUCAACUGGGCCUGGUACCGACCUGGAGCUGGUAAAUAUGUCCCGGAGGAUAUUGACCCUAAACUCUGCACUGUAGUUAACUACGGUUUCUCUGUUCUGGGAAACAACGGAAAGCUCAGGAUGCACGACAGCUGGGCUGAUAGGGACAACAAGUUCUACGAGAGGACGGUUGCACUGAAGAAAGCACCCGGCUCUCGAGUAAGGAAAGUUUUCCUCGCCAUUGGAGGAUGGAACGACAGUCUGGGACCCAAAUACUCCAACAUGGUUUUGAAGAAAGCUAGCAGGAAAGCCUUCAUCGACGAUGUAGUCCCCUUCCUUCUGAAGUACGGAUUUGACGGUCUGGAUCUGGACUGGGAGUACCCUCAGUGCUGGCAGGGAGACUGUAAGAAGGGAAAGCAGGGAGAGAAGAAAGCUUUCGCUGACUGGUGCGCUGAACUGAAGGCUGCCUUCCAACCUCACGGUCUCCAGCUCAGUGCUGCAGUAUCUGCCAGCAAGACCAUUAUUGAUGCUGGAUAUGAUGUGCCCAGGAUCGCCAGGAGUCUGGACAUCCUCAACCUGAUGACCUACGAUUUCCACGGAUCUUGGGAGAAACAGACCGGUCACAACGCGCCUAUGUAUCCUUGCGAGGGAGAUGCCAUCCCCUUCUUCAACGUCGACUCUGCCGUAGACCACUGGAUCAAGAGUGGAUUCCCAGCCAGGAAGAUUGUAAUGGGACUCCCCAUCUACGGACGAUCCUUUACCCUCGCGGAUCCUUCAAAGCACGGCAUUGGUGCUCCCGCUAAAGAUGGAGGUCAAGCUGGAGUCUGGACUAGAGCCAAGGGCUUCCUUGGGUACUACGAGAUCUGUCUGAACCUGAAGAACAAGGGCUGGAAGGAGGUGAAAGGAAGUGACUGUGUUGUGGGACCCUACGCCUACAAGGGAAACCAGUGGGUCGGGUAUGACAGUCUCGAGUCUGUAAAGUAUAAGAUGGAGUAUAUCAAGAAGAAGGGGCUGAUGGGAGGCAUGAUCUGGGACGUUACUAUGGACGACUUCAAGGGGGCGUGCGGUCAGGGCAAGAACCCAUUCCUCACGGCUAUGAGAAGACAUCUUGCUUAAAUAACCUUUCUUUAAACUUGUUUUAAUGUUAACGUUUUGAAUUUAAAACAACUUCA